GUUGCUGAUGUGACAGCGGCGCAGCCACCGCAGAGGCCGUGGAUCCCGCUUACGAGGCCAAACCGCAACAGGCCGACAUGCAUCUUCACGGUGAUGUGCUACAACGUGCUGUGCGACAAGUACGCGACGCGCCAGAUGUACGGCUACUGCCCCAGCUGGGCGCUCGAGUGGGAGUACCGCAAGAAGGGCAUCCUGGACGAGAUCCGCCACUACUCUGCCGACAUCAUCAGCCUGCAGGAAGUGGAGACGAACCAGUUCUACAGCUUCUUCCUGCCACAACUCAAGAUGGAUGGCUACGACGGCAUCUUCUCACCCAAAUCGCGUGCCAAGACCAUGACGGAGAACGAACGCAAGUUCGUCGACGGCUGCGCCAUCUUCUACCGCACUGCCAAAUUCACCUUGAUAAAGGAGCACUUGGUGGAAUUCACGCAGCUGGCAAUGGCCAAUGCGGAGGGCUCAGACAACAUGCUGAACCGUGUCAUGCCAAAAGACAACAUUGGACUAGCAGCGCUUCUGCACACCAAGGAGGCUGCCUGGGACAAUGGUUUGCCACCAGACCCCAGUCAGUUCCAUCAGCCUAUAUUAGUAUGCACAGCCCACAUACAUUGGGAUCCUGAAUUUUGUGAUGUAAAGUUGAUCCAGACAAUGAUGUUGUCAAAUGAACUCCGCAGUAUCCUGGAGGAUGCCAGCCACAGCUUCAGGCCUGGACACAAACCUGAUCCAAGCAGCAUACAGUUACUGUUGUGUGGAGAUUUUAACUCUCUUCCAGACUCUGGUGUGAUUGAAUUCCUGACAUCUGGAAGAGUUCCUGCUGAUCAUAAGGAUUUCAAGUCACUUGCAUACAAAGCUUGCCUGCAGAAGAUUUCUGGCUGUGAAAAACCAAAUGAAUUCACACAUUCCUUCAAACUUGCUUCCGCAUACAGUGAAGAUAUUAUGCCCUUUACAAAUUACACGUUUGAUUUCAAAGGAAUCAUUGACUAUAUUUUCUACUCGAAGCAGAGCAUGACACCGUUGGGCCUGCUCGGUCCUCUUGCUCCCGAGUGGUUGAGAGACAACAAGGUCGUCGGUUGUCCGCAUCCACACGUACCGUCAGAUCACUUUCCACUGCUGGUGGAGCUCGAGAUGAUCCCAACUGUGCCUCCCUCAUCAAACGGCCUGAUCUCGCACAGGUAGCAGCAGCCCAGAGUGGUUCCUGCAGGAAGCACUGCCAGUUUGCGGAAGCAACCCCAGAGACUGUGAACCCGUCUUUCAUCUCAUGCUGCCCACAAAGCUGGAAUGAGGCAGCUUUACUUUUAUUGAGCAAGGCAACUCCUUAGGCUGCCAUAUUUUUGAAACUUUAGUUUUAACGUAGAUUCAGUUGACAUUGGCAUGGAAUGUUUGCUACAACCACAAUUCAUUAUAAUUAGAUAUAGUGCCCUUCCAUUCCUCAAAUGAGAUUUAAAUUUUCACUACUUCAAACACUGGUAAAGUGUUUUGUGUUCUCAAAAAUUGCUUUGAUUGUUAUUUAAAAUAUAAUGUGUACUUUGGACCUUCGUGUUCAACUUCUGUCUGAAACCUCUUUGUCUCUUACAGCUUCCCAUUCACCUCAGUUUUCAUGAAGUAGUGUAACUCUUACCAAAGUUUCUUAUAUGUGCAGCCUUAAAUCAUCCGUCAUGUGAAAAUCAAUGUAGUAUAUGAUAGUAUUCAUACAGACAGAUUUUUUAGAGUUGUAUUUGAGAAUCUAUGUGGUUGCAUAGCUGAGAUGUAACUGUGACUGAGUCAUCAGAUGAAUAAAACCCUUUGGGUAUCAUGUUGCUCAUCUA